GUAUCGACUCGGUGUCUACAUGUUGUUGUUUUUAUGGUUUUUGUCGUCUUCCUGAGUGGAUCGGGUGCAUCAGGACUCCUUUUUCUAAGUUGCAUUUUUUUUGUGAUGACGCAAGAAGAGAGGCUGCGCAGAGCACAUGCUAUUCUUCACUUCACUACUGUUCCCGAUGUUGAACAUGUCCACCCCCAGCGAGCUGAAGUCUCCCUGCGUGACUCGCAACGGGAUGGUGAAGUUGCCCCCCAGCCAGCCCAACGGUCUGGGCAGCGCCAGCAUCACCAAAGGCACCCCUGCUGCCAAGAACCGUCUGUGCCAGUCCUCUUCAGUACCCUCCAUUUUGCCUCCCCCGCCAUCCUCCCUACCCUACCACCACCACCACCACCUGGACAGCGCGGUCAUGCCACAUUCGGCGGCCUCUAUUCUGGGGUCCGACCUGGAACCCGGGGAAGCAGCUGAUCUCCUCCGGUCUUUCCACACAGACUUUGGUGUGGCAGGGAGCCACCAGCUGGACUCCGGUGCAAACAAGGCCAACGGCUCCCUAGAGGCAGAUGCAAAAGUUCACAAAAAAUCACUGCAGAAGUUAUAA